UUGAGCCGCCACCACUGACUGAACAAGAUGAUGCUGAGCACCGAAGGCGGAGAAGGCUUCGUGGUGAAGGACCGGGACUUGCCCUGGUCCUGCUCGGCCGAUGAAGUCCAACGCUUCUUCUCGGAAUGCAAAAUUCAAAAUGGGGCAUCGGGCAUUCGUUUCAUCUAUACCCGGGAAGGCAGACCAAGUGGAGAAGCAUUUGUUGAACUUGAAUCAGAAGAUGAAGUCAAAUUGGCACUGAAAAAAGACAGAGAAACUAUGGGACACAGAUAUGUUGAAGUAUUCAAGUCAAACAACGUUGAAAUGGAUUGGGUGUUGAAGCAUACUGGUCCAAAUAGUCCUGACACUGCCAAUGAUGGCUUUGUGCGCCUUAGAGGACUCCCAUUUGGCUGUAGCAAGGAAGAAAUUGUUCAGUUUUUUUCAGGUAUGUAGUAGUGCUUGUCAUUGGACAGUGCAUUCUGGCUAGUUCAAGUAAUUGGAGUGAUUUUUAGAUCUACUUGUUUGGACAGGUUGAAAAUAAUGCUGUUCUCUGGUUUAGAAGUUCAGGGACCUUCAAAUAAUUUAAGCCCAUAAAUUAGAAUACCUUAAAGCUGGAAAACAACUUGGAUUCUAAAUAUCACUAAAUUUUUAAUUUUUUUUAUACUUGGUAUUGUAGUUUAAAGUAGAUAUUUAGAUGCUAGAGGAUUGUCCUCAACAGCUUAACUUCUUUCUACACAUUUGCUGUUCAGCAUAGUACCUCAAGUUUAUAAGGUAAGAUGCACUUAUCACCAUGACUAGAAUGAUGUACUUUAAUUUUAACUAACACUCUUCCUGCUGUUAUCCAUUAUUGUAAAAUGACACUGCCGGUGUCAUGGGACCAAAGUAAACUCCAAUAUGUUCUCUGGAGCAAUACUAUGGAGCCUCUUCCAAGAAAAUCCUGAUAAUAGCCUGGUAAUUGUAGGCUACUAGCAUUGCAAGUUGCCUGUCUUAAGUAAGAUUGCAGAAGAAUAAUUUUCAGGUACUGUUUUAAAUUCUUAUCAAUUGCUGAUUUUGAAAAAUGAUUUCCCAGUUUACUUAAGAUAGGGAAAUGCUCUACGAGGUAAUGUUUUGGGCCUAAACUAAUUGAAUGUCUAACACAAUUCUGAUGUGAU